AUGACUGAUGAUCGAUUAUUUUAUUCAUUAACAGAAUCUUCUUUACUCGAUACUUAUCUUCUAUAUGCUAUCAUUGGUUUACUUAUAUUCAUAGCAUUUAUUGGUUUAAUUGUACUUUUGACAACAUCAUGUUGUUGUUUUUAUUCAAUAUCAUCUUGUUUUUGUUCUUAUCCUUGUCGUCGACAUUCAUCAUAUAAAUUAAAUGAAAUAUUUCAAAAGCAAAAAAAUACAAAAAGGAAUACUUUUAUAAAACAUCAUUCAAGUGAUAUAACUGAUUUUUCACAUUUAUACGAAUCACAUCCUCAUUUAAUCAAUAGUAAAACUAUGUUAACAACAAGAAUUAAUAAUAAAAAUUUUGAUGCAAGUUGUGUAACAAUGGAUACAGUUAUUAAUCCAAUAUCUCCAUGUAGUUCAUUUCGUUCAUUAAAUCAAUCAGUUUCACCUGUACAAAUACCACUUAAUAAUCCAUCACAAACAAAUAUUGACAAGAUUAAUCUAUCAACAAAAGGUGUUGAUUCUCGACCUUUUACUUAUAUAAAAAAUCCAAAUGAUUGUACACAAAUUUUACGUCGCCUCCCACUAGACGAUCGUUCUAUUUCACCAUCUGUUAUAUCUAUUGAUAUGACACGAAUCUCAUCAUUGGAAAGUGAUACUAAUAAUCAAACAAAUUCUCCUUGUACAAAUAUUUAUGAAACAGUAAUUCCAAUAAUAAAUAAUAAUUCAUCAUUCGAUCAAUCAACACCUAUUUAUGAAACUGAAUGGAAACAUAGUUUAAAACAAAUAAUGAUGAGUAAAAUACCAUCGAUUGAAAAAAAUGUUAUUUCUAUAAUUGAACUUCCAUCAUUACAAUCAAAUUUAAUUUCAUCAAAUCAUUAUUUUCAACAACAAUAUUUAUAUGAGAAAUUUUUAGCCAAUCGAACAAAAAGAUCUGAUUCAAUACGACGAGCUAAUAUACUUAAACGAUUAAAUGAUGAUGCAGCUUUUCUUUAUUAA